AAUUCCACCCAGGAGGGCAAAAGCUAACAUUAUUCAAAGUUAUUGUCUGUUUUCUACCUGACUUCCAUCAUUCAGUUCUGUUCAUAAACUCAUGUCUGUAAAGAUGUGCUUUAUUUCAUUGCCUAAACUUCAUGUAUACGAGGUUACCAAGGUGGUAUCCCCAAACUUUUUUCUGUGUUUUGUCUCCCAUAUUUACAGUCUCCAUAUUACAAAAGCAGAAGUUUCAUAAAAGAAUGUGUAGACUGAGGACUCUAAGGAAGUUAAGAAGGAUCGAAGGCGCUGAACUUUUUCAGUUUAAGUAAUAAGAGAUUUAAAAAUAGCAUGAUUGGAGUGCUUUAUAUUCUGAAGUUAGUUUAUAUGGAUGAUCCAUUUGUUUCCAUUGAGUUGUUCAACAAGACCAUGGAGAAAUAGAUUUAAACUUGUUAAGAGUUAAUUUUUCACAAACUUUAGGUUUUUCUUCACACGGACAACAAGAGGCUCAAAAGUCCUUAUGUACCUUCAAAACUCAAUUUAAUUUUAUAUCACGGAAAUCAGGAUGUGUAGAAUUAAGAGCUUUGCUUGGCUAAAUGGCCAGUUCUAAUUAAAACUGUUCUAAUUUAAGAAUGCUUUGAUUAUUUAAAUUUGACACCAUUAUCCUCAACUGAUGCCAAAUUAAUGUAAUAAUUAAUGGUUUUUGGUAACUUAAAAAUGCUUCAUACAUGUGAUGAUACAGCACAAAUGUCUUCUGCAUUGGUUUGGGGGACUUGAGACCACUAUGACAGUCUGGGUUUUUCCACUUUGUGUAAUUUUUUUUUCGCUGCGCUUUUUAUCAUCUAGUAGAUAAUCCACAUUUGCUGAUCCUGAAUUAACCAAACAUUGCAGUCAAUUUAGCUAGUGAGUUAAAUAAAUUGUUGGAUGGCACUGCUGCAUCACUGAAGUCCUAGGUUCAAAUUCUGGCACCUCAUGAUGUCUAAAUACAUGUUGUCUAAAUUUAAGAGAUGGAAAAAGAAAGCCCUGCUAUUUUAACAGUGAAGUUAAUUUAAGGUGCUUUAGUGUGAAAAUUGGAAUGACAACCCGCAGCCACAGUGGGCCCCAGGACUGAACUUGUGAACUUCUGCUUUUGUGAUAUGUAAUACCGAGAAAGCAGUGGUAUCUGAGGGGUGUGCAUUCAUGCCUUGUAAUUGUAUACAGUACAAUGAUUAACUUCUCAGUGAAUUGAGUUUCUGUCCCUAUGAAUAAAUAGGUCAGAUUUCUAGAAGUCUGUAACAUAAUAAACAUUUAUGAACACAAGGGCACAAUUCGGUCCUUUUGUCUGGUUUGGUUAACUUAUUGUUUUGUUAUGCUGAUGCCCCAGCUUGACACCUUUUAAAAGCUCUCUAGAUUACAUUUUAAAUGCAUUAUCAUUUGCUCAGAUACCCAGAAACCUCUGAGUGAAAACAUGCUUCCUAGAAUCUGUCUUUAAAGUAUUCCUCGAUAAGUGCCACUUGGCAUACUCAGCUAAACGAUUCACUGUUUAACUUUUAGAUCAACGUUAGAGUAUAUUGUUCUCCUGUGUUAGACCCCAAAUAAUUAUCCACUUUCAGAGCUAAUGAGGUUUAACUCCUAAGCCUGUCAAUACACGCUGGACAAAUGCUUUAGUUAAGACAUGCACUUGUUUGAUUUUUUUCUUCACAUCUUCAAGACCUCAUAUGUUUAAUUUAACACAAUAACCGGAUUUGAACUUGAAUUUCAAUUGCAUGCAGACGUCAUUCUAUUGUUGAAUUCACGUUACAAAGAGAAGCACCUGAUGAAUAUCUUUCUGGUUCUUUUCAUCUGUUCUCCCACUUGUUUUUUUUGGCCUUCUUUACCUUAUACUGUAAAUGGUUGUAGGUGCCUGAAGCCUAACCUAACAACACAGAACACACUUAGUAAGAACCAAUACUGUCACAGGUCUAACUCAUGCAUCCCCAAUAAGUCAUAUCAGGCCAAUUAGACUGAUAUACCCACCUUUGUGACACUGGGCAAAACUAGGGCAACCAAAAAACUCCUAUAGACUGUUAACACGGACUGAGAAUUUCAGAUUCUCAUCACAAUUUGUGUGUAUGUUUAUACAGUUUACCAUUGUGAAGAAGUUAUUUUCUAAUUAAGCAUACUGGUGCUACAAUUGGUGCCCAUGGGUAAAUCUAAUGAUAUCCACAGUAUACAAGGGUAAGCUAAUAAUUAUCUGCACUUUUGUGAUCAUUUUUUGGGGGGUUGGCUAUACAGCUUUCCCUUUAUGUGAAAUGCGAUUUGUCUGUGGUCGCAAUGGCAAAGUUUCAAUCUUGUGCUUUUUUUUUUUAGGAGUAAACAUGGCUAUGCCACUCUCUCUCGCUGUGGGUUUUAAAUAACAGAUCUGCGCAACAGUCUGGGUGUUUAUCUACCACUUACCUCUCCUUGUUUACUUGAAACUCUUCUCUGCAAUUCACAUUUCAGUAGCUCUUUUAGCUCUAAUUAUUAAUAUACUGUAUUAGAAGUUAAGAAUCCUGCUGGCAGAGGUUUGACAUGGAGCAAAUGAAAUGAACACCUUGCUACUUAAAUUGAAGCAAAUUAAGUGUCCAAUCUCUCUUUUAUGAAGCACAUGGACCUUAAUGGACACCAACAAUACUUGGAUCACACUUAUAGCUCUUGCUGCUUAUAUGAACUUCUCAUAUUCAAACCAAGAACACUGUAAAUCAGAAGAUAGAAGAUUUGAAUGGAAUGAUAAACCUGAAGAAGUAAAGGACAAAGUCACUGCUAUUCUUGGAGGAGAUGUCACACUUAGGUGUGUCCUGAAUGGAGUCACAGAGAUACUCUCACAAAUCACCUGGCAGAGAUGGAUAAAUGAAAAGAUAGAAAACUUUCUAAUCUAUCAUCCAACAAUAGGGCCUCGCCCACUGGUCCCAUUUGCAAGAAGAGUCACAUUUGUUGGCAAAGGAACCUGGGAUGGCUCAAUUAUUAUUAAAAAUGUCAGUCUGUCUGAUGAGGGGAAAUAUAACUGCAUCUUCACCACCUUUCCCAGUGGCUCACAUGAUCACUUUAUUAAGCUGUUUGUUCAAGUUAUACCUAGCAUCACAGUUUCCUCAGCAAAUAUCUUAUUGGCUGGAAAGGGUGAAGUCAUAGUGGCAACCUGCAUAGCUGCACAUGGCAAACCAGCAGCUAAGGUGAGCUGGAAAACACAUUUGGAAAAGGAAUCUCAUGUAAUGGAAGAAUUCUUUGCUGAUAACUGCACAGUAACAAUUCAUAGUCAACUGCUAACAUUCCCUACCAAGGAGAUGAACCAGCUGGAGCUGCACUGUGUUGUAACGCAUCCAACAUUUCAGCAACCAGAAAUUCUCCCUUAUACAUUGAAUAUAUCCUAUCCCCCUUCAGUUGUUUUAAAGACUUUUCAGGAUGAACCAGACCAGCUAACCCUCUACUGUGAGGCAGAUGCAAACCCGGCCCCAACAAAAUUUAUAUGGAUGAAGGAACACAAAAUGCUACAAAAUAUGUCUACCAAUAAAAUAUUCUUAACAAAACUUGCACCUCAUCAUACAGGACUCUAUUCCUGUGAAGCAUCCAAUCAGUAUGGGACAGGGAAUGGCAAUUUAUUCCUCUUUGUUGAAGAGCCAUUCACAGACAAGACAAGAAUGAUAGUUGUGUUCAUCCCAGUGGUAAUCCUUACAUUGACAGUGCUAACCUUCACCAUCAAGGUUCUGUGCUUUGGAGAUAAAACAGCAUUCAGCACUAAAACUGCAGUGUGUCAGAAACCCAAUAACACCAAGCAAGCUAGAGACUCUAACGAAGUCAAAAUCGGUUUGCAGGAACACAAUGCAGGAAAAUCGAAUCUUGAUGACAGACAGAUCACAUGAGAAUGUCAUUUCUAAUGUGACCGUGGAAAUAUAUACAUUUGAAGUUCACCAAAACUGCAGCCCAUUGGUCCGUGUUUUCUGAAGAUUACUACAGUCAAGCGCAUUUACAGAACUCAAAAAGCUCACUUUUAUUACUUUUGUUCCUUGAAUUAGAGGCCAGUACUGAUCUUGAACUGACAUGGACUUUGAACUGAACUAAAUUUACUGACCUCUAUCCUUCCCUAAUAUAGUAAAUGUUGCAACAGCCACAGUCCAGCAGGGAAAAACAACACGGUAAACAUUCAGGGAACGGAAAUCACUGACAAGUCUUCAUUGUGGCUUUAUAACUGAGGGGAGCACAUCUGAUGUCCCAGGCCUUCUGCUAUCGCAUAACUCAUCCACCUCACA